AUGUCUCGCGCCGCUAAGAAAAAUAGAAAAGCUAUUAUUGAGUUAUCAGAUGAUGAGUUAGAAGGACCAAUUAUUCAAUCGUCGUCUGAAGAUGAUUUCAAAGCUGAUGAAAGUUCAUCAGAAUCUGAACUUGAUACAGAAAGUAUGUCUUCUAGUGUAGUUUCUUCAGAGGUUGAACCUUCUCCUGUCAAGAAGAACACCAAAAAAGGAGCAAAAGGUUCUCUUAGUAAAAGAAAUAAAAAAUCUGAUAUUAAAAUUGAAAGAGUAGAAGAUAAAAAUAAUGUUAGUAAAAGAAAACAUUCUAUUGAAGAUGAAAAAGAAGUAAAAAAGAAAAAAGUUGAUGAUUCAGAUAAUAAAAAAAGUAGUAGUAAAAGUGACAAUGCUCCCCGUGCUGAAGAAUUACCUUUUGCUGCUGAGUAUGCUAAAACAUCCCGUGCUACAUGUAAACAUUGUGGUAGUAAAAUUGAAAAAAAUGAAUUAAAAUUAUGUACAAGAUUUCCAUCUCCAUUUUUUGAUGGUUAUCAAGAACAAGGAUUUCAUUUUGUCUGUUUUUUUAAUCGAGCACCAAAAGUUAAACUUUUUCCACACAACUUCAAAGGUUUUGAUUGGAUUAAGGAGGAAGAUCAAGAACGUAUUAAAAGAAAAAUUGAUGAGGUAAUUGAAGACGCUGGAGGAUUGGAAGAGAUUCUCAAAGAGUACAUUCCUACUGUAUCUAUUGGUAAAAGAUCUGCCAAGUGCGCAGAAUGUAAAGAAUCUUUGGAAAAAGAUGAAAUUAGAAUUUCUUGCAAAAAUCAAAAUUUCCAUUUGAAAUGUUAUAAAAGUUCUAACAAAAGAUUUUUCAAAGGAUCUUCCAAAGAAAUUCACAAUUAUAAUAGUAUGGUUGAUGAUGACAAAAAAAUUCUUGAUGAAAUGUUUCCUAAAGCUGAAGAGAUUGCAAAGAAAGAUGAAAUAGAUGAAAAUGAAGUUCAGCUGAAGGAACAAUCUAAAUUGAUGAAUGAUUUAAAGACAGCUUUUGAAAAUAAUUUAUCAAGAGAUGAAGUAAAAGAGUUGUUGGAGGCAAAUGGUCAUGGUAGAGAUAAACGUACUCAUGAACGUAACAUAAAAUGUCUCAUUGAAUUAAGUCUUUUUGGUGUUCCUGAAAAUUGUAAGAAAUGUGGAAGUGUUGUUGAAUUUAGUGAAUCACAGGUGAAAUUUGUAUGCAGAGGAAAAGAUGAAGAUCAAGUUAGGUGUGAUUUUAAAACAAAAAAUCCUACUGUCACUAGAUUAGUCGUUCCUGACAGUAUGAAAGAUAGCAACAAUUAUUUGGAGAAUGUUUUUAUUCCAAGAAAACGAACACGUAUUUUACCUAAAGAUACAAUGGGAGGAGAUUAA